AUGAAGAAAACAGAGAGUGUCACUAAAGAAAAGUUAAUUAAAAUUGGCUUAUGGCUGAUUAUUGUACUCCAUUGGAUUUCUGGAGUUGUGCUAAUGUGCAUAGGCGUGUCAGUUCAAGUGAAAAUUCACGACACUUUUGUGUUCGUGAAUGAAGGGUCAUCAGGAGUUCCUGUGAUCAUCAUGACUGUUGGCACAAUUAUCAUCCUUGUAUCUACUUUUGGAGCAGUUGCACUACUAAAGCAUAACCCAAAGAUGAUCAAACUGUUCAUAGGCAUGCUCCUGGCAGUCUUGCUUGUGGAAAUCAUUGUUGGUGCUUCUGCCUACUCCUACCAAAAGAAGUUACAUCAAACUUUAUUGAGAAACUUCUUGGAGACCUUGGACAAGUAUAAUAUUGACCUGCCAAUCACUAAAGCAGUGGAUGGACUACAGAGACAGUUCCAGUGCUGUGGUGCUGAGAAUUAUACAGACUGGCUGAACACCACAUUUGGAUCUCUCUCUCCAUCUGUCCCAACAAGCUGCUGCAAAAAAGACGUGGAAAGCUGUGUCACAGAUCUAACUAAAGAGAGGUUCCACAUUAACCAGGAGGGAUGUGUCCUAAAACUGAAAAACUGGGUUGAAGAACAACUUAUUAUAUUUGGAGGGGUUGGGCUUUUCAUUGGACUUACACAGCUAACUGGGAUCCUACUUUGCUAUAUGCUGCUGAGAAUGCUGAAAGAAAACUAUGAAAGUAUUCAAUAA